UCCUGCUUUCCCUGGCUCGCGCGGGGCCGUUGGAGCCUCUCCCGGGGCCGGAGAAGGGCUACAGAUUAACGUCCAUGUUUUGCUCCAGAUCAUCCCAUCCUCCCAGAGGGAAGGCAAUGGCUGCAGUGGAGCUGGCUCAGGGGCCGGUGACUUUUGAGGAGGUGGCUGUGUAUUUCACCAGAGAGGAAUGGGCUCUGCUGGACCCUGUUCAGAGAGCCCUCUACAGCGAUGUCAUGCAGGAGAACUAUGAGACAGUGGUCUUGCUGGAGUUUCCAGUUUCUAAACCUGAUGUGAUCUCACAGCUGGAACGAGGGGAAGAACCGUGGGUCCCAGACCUCCAGGGCUCUGAGAAAGAAGUGCUUCCAAGAGCUGCCUUCCCAGGUAGUGAUCUAUGUCUCGAUUCUCUCUGUCUCCCUUCAGAUGAUGGGAUGGUGAGUCAGAAUGAGGAGGAGAAACCCCAUCAGGAAGAUGCUGAGCAAAGAGAACCACAUGGGAUGUUAUCAGGAAGAUCCAAAGGGAAUGUUUCCGGGAGUUGUGCACUCCCAGAAAAACCAAAAGCCUGUGAGACUCAGGGGAGGCCAGAGGGAAACUUUAGUAACUUCUCAGACCUUAUAACAAGCGACAGAAUCAACUUAGAAGAGACACACUACAGGUGCCAUGAGUGUGGGAAAAGCUUCAAUUGGCGCUCACAUCUUAUCAGACAUCAGAGAAUCCACAUAGCUGAGAAACCUUAUGGAUGCUCUGAGUGUGGGAAAUGCUUCAUCGAUAGUUCAGCCCUCAUCUCACAUCAACGAAUCCACACAGGAGAAGCGCCCCACACAUGCUCAGAGUGCGGGAAAAGCUUCAGUCAGAACUCACACCUUAUCAGACAUCGGAGAAGCCACACAGGAGAGACACCUUACACGUGCACUGAGUGUGGGAAAAGCUUCAGUUACUGCUCUGCCCUUAUCAGGCAUCGGAGAAUCCACACAGGAGAAACGCCCUACACAUGCUCUGAGUGUGGGAAAAGAUUUAGUCGGAGCUCACACCUUAUCAGACAUCGGAGAAUCCACACUGGAGAGACACCGUACACAUGCUCUGAGUGUGGGAAAAGCUUCAGUCAGAACUCACACCUUAUCAGACAUCAGAGAAGCCACACAGGAGAGAUGCCCUACACCUGCACUGAGUGCGGGAAAAGCUUCAGUCAGCGCUCAAUCCUUAUCACACAUCAGAGAAUCCACACAGGAGAGAUGCCUUAUACGUGCACUGAGUGUGGGAAAAGCUUCAAUCAGCGUUCAAUCCUUAUCACACAUCAGAGAAUCCACACAGGAGAGACACCUUAUACGUGCACUGAGUGUGGGAAAAGCUUCAAUCAGCGUUCAAACCUUAUCAAACAUAGGAAAAUCCACAUGGGUGAGAAACCAUAUGGAUGCUCUGAGUGUGGGAAAAGCUUCAGUCAGAGCUCUGCCCUGAUCACGCAUCGUAGAAUCCAUACAGGGGAGAUGCCCUACACAUGCUCUGAGUGCGGGAAAAGCUUUAGUUGGAACUCACACCUUAUCAGACAUCAGAGAAGCCACACGGGGGAGACACCGUACAAAUGCUCUGAGUGUGGGAAAAGCUUCAAGCACAGCUCAAACGUUGUCUCACAUAGGAGAAUCCACAUGGGAGAGAGUGUGGGAAAAGCUCUGAGUGCAGGAAAAGCUUCAAUCAGUGCUCAAGCCUCAUUAGACAUCAGAAAAUCCACAAGAGAAAAUUGUAAUAAAUCCCUUGACUAGAGAUGGCCAAAAACAUUUUUUUUAAAAAAUCACAUUUGCUAAUUCCCACAUAGUGAUUUUUGCAUCAUCUUCACCGUGGUCUCUCAGCUCCACCAGAUAAGUUGCCUGCUUCUUCCUUUUGCAGCUCAUCCUUCUUUGGGGUCAGUCCUAUGAUCUUUUCUAUCAACUCCUUUCCUUUUGAGUCAUAGGAGUGUGUGUCCCUCCAUCCAGGAAUGUUCAUCAGCUCCAGGUCCGUGGGAGAGAGGUUUGAUCCCAGCUGUCGCAACCCUAAACCUUUGCUCCAGUUAUCAGCCUGGCCAAUUGUCGGUCAGAGCAAAGCCGUGCCCAAAUAAGGCAAGAGCCAUAUAAGCCAGAGCUGUAUGCAGUAAUGCAACAGUAUUAUGAACAAAGGAAUAUCAUGCAGAGUGCCCGCCCCUGUGAGCCAUAUAUAGGCAUGCAAGCCUGUCUCGGACAAAGUAGCGUGCUGUGUGCAGCCUCUGCUGACUUAUUGGGCCCCAACCCGGAACCUGGAAGGCGAAGGAACUAGGGACCAAUCCGAAAUCAACACGAGUAAAAGCCCCCAGACAAAACUGUAGCCUGGGCAGAGUCAGUAGUUUUCCGCGUGUCAGCUGAAAGGCUUGAUCACCCUUUUAGCCAGGAGACCCCUCCGUUUUUGCCGGCUCGUGUCGUAUCGUGUCGUAUAAACAAAACCACAUCCCCCAAUUCGUCAUGUACUUGGGGUCUGUGCUGCUAGUCAGUUACGUCUGGGUUGUGGUACGUAUUCUGUAACUCCUGCAAGCAGCCUGCGUUUGCUAACCCACCCCCGUCUCUACCCCCCUUCUUGUGUUUCUUGCCUGCUGUUUUAUUAUGGUCAAGAUUGUUUUUAUAACUUGUUUUAUUGCCUUGUCUUUAUCUCCCUCCUUCUGCUUUCUGCCUGCUGUUUUAUUCUGUGUAUAAGGGAUACGGUUAGCUUUGCUUUUAUAGCCUGCUCUUUUGUUUUGCUUUCCCUUUUUGUAUAAAAAAGUGUAUAGUUUAAGUAAAUAAGAGCUAUUACUAAUAAGUUACUUUUCCUAGCCUAAAGUGUAACUAUCCCCGCUAAAUAAACACAGCCAUUUGGCUUUAAAUCCUA